GUGUCCGAGUCCGAGUCCGAGUCCGAGUCGCAGUGGCAUUUUGCAUGUUCACAUUUUUAAGCAGACAGACAAAGAUGGGAUUCGGUGACCAACCGGAACCUAUUCUUUGCGUCUUCUUUGUCAAGAUUUCUUCUCAAAAUUCCAUUUUUCCCUUAUGAUAUUCUCACAUUUUUCCAUGCCUUCUUCUCUCCCCAUCUUCUCAUCUUAUACAGUAAAGCAUUUUGCGACUCAGUUGGAUUUUCUUCUCUUUAACAGCUCUUAAAAAGAUAAACUCAAAAAGCUUCUACCCUUCUACCUCUCUCUCUCUCUCUCUCUCUCCUUUUCUUUUAAUGCUAAAAAGUACCAAUAUUUUCAGAGUUUUUGAGAGCUAAAGCAAGAUGGCUUGAAGAAGGAAGCUCCAGGAAGACCAUCUGAGAUGUGGGUUUUCUCUUCAACUCUCUUAUUACCUUGUCCUUUGGAUGCUUUCAUGGAUGACACAAGGCCUACCCCCAACAUCUCUGCUCUGCUUUUGUUUCUAUUGAUACUUUUCCUUCACCAGCCAGCUCUGCGUUGCCAAGAGAGUAGUACUAGUACUAUUAGUAGAACCAACAAAAUCUCCUCUGAGCCUCCAUCACCUUCUUCUAGUUCCAGGCCGUCUCACUUCCAAAACGGCUUUCGCAGAGUCAUUCUGAGCAUUGCUUUAGGUGUCUUGACCGGAGCUGUGGGUGUCCUUAUCGUUGCUUUGGUGGUCCGCUGCUUUGUCAGGUACAUAAACAGAACCCCAAUUCUCAAAGGCCCUGUAAUAUUCUCUCCCAAAAUCGACCCCAAAACGCUGCAAUCGGCUUUGUCAAGCGAAAACCAGCUGCUGGGGUCGAGCUCGACUGGCAAGUACUACAGGACCGUGCUGGACAACGGGCUCACUAUAGCAGUCAAGAGGCUCGAACCCUUUUCUGAGAACGGCUCGCUGGAGGGUAAAGGCAAGUCUAAGUCAAUGAAGAGACUCAUACAGCAGGAGCUGGAAGUUCUUGCUAGCCUCAGAGAUAGGAAUUUGAUGAGCUUAAGAGCUUAUGUUCGUGAAAAAGAUAGGUUCUCCUUGGUUUAUGAUUAUAUGCAGAGUGGGAGCUUGGAAGAUGCUAUGAAUAGAGUUAGGGAGAAUGAAUUGCAGCUUGGCUGGGAUUUUCGGCUUCGAAUUGCAGUUGGGGUGAUUAAAGGGCUUCAGUAUCUUCACUCGGCUGUACCUCAGAUUCUGCACUACAAUUUAAAGCCUACAAAUGUCAUGUUGGAUGCACAGUUUGAGCCCAGGUUGGCUGAUUGUGCCUUGGCUAAGCUUACUCCCUAUAUUGAUCGCCCAACUUCUGGUUAUAGUGCUCCAGAGUGUUUUCAAAACGGCAGGUAUACAGACAAAAGUGAUAUUUUCAGCUUUGGGAUGAUAUUGGCAGUUCUGUUAACUGGUAGAAACCCAACUGAACCGUUCUUCGGGGAAGCGUCUAGUGGGGGUAGUUUGGGGCAGUGGCUGCGGCACUUGCAGCAAGCAGGGGAGGCAAGAGAAGCUUUGGAUAAGAGUAUUGUAGGGGAAGUAGGAGAAGAAGGUGAAGAAGAUGAGAUGUUAAUGGCAGUGAGAAUAGCUGUUGUAUGCCUAUCAGAUGUGCCUGCUGAGAGGCCUUCAAGUGAUGAACUUGUUCAUAUGCUAACCCAAUUGCACAGUUUUUAAUGAACAUGUAAGUAAUAACUUGUUUUCUAGGUUUUGGGAAUUAGACUACAGACUACUUGGUAGAGAUUUUGCUUCCAGGGUUUUUUAUCUAUUGUGGAAUAUGCAAAGUUUAUUUUGCCCUUGAUAUUUAGGUUUGUAUUUCUUUUAGAAAGUGAUAAAGAAAACCAAAGAAGAACAUAUAUUGGAAUAGUAGUAGUAGUAGUAGUGUGUACAUGGACUGACUAAUGUUGAAAGUCAGAAAAUUUGUAACCCUAGAAUAGGGCUUAGUUAUGUGAUUACUACUAGGGAGACAUCUGCAUUAUUGUGUUUUUCAUCCUCUAAUGAUGGUGGGGUUACGUUUGGCUGUCCUUUUCUGGACAUUACUUUAUUGAAAUCACGGGCCCUUUUACCUUAAUUUUUUUGACA